AAAAACCCUAUUUCUCUCUCGCAUCCUCAAUCUCUUUUUAUCUUCUUACAUAUUUUUGGAUUGACACCCUUAAUUAAAUCACCCUAUUAGUUUAGUUUUAAAAGGUUUUUCAUUUGGAAUUGGAGGGGCAGGCGGUCGGGACAGCGGCGAUGGGGAGGUGGGUUGGGGAAGAGACUCCGAGAUUAGACGUUGAAGUUGAAAGGGCGAAGCUGAGAUGUAGAGCGGUCAUAGAUCGAAUUUCUACCAGCACCGUCCCAGUCCCACCAAAGCCGCCACCCUCAGACUGCUACCGGACCACCCUUCUCAGACUCGCUCACUCCGAGCUCUCUUUCCUUUCUUCUCCCCGUCUCAAUCCUACUUCUCUCAGUUCGAACAUUGGUCAUAUCGAGGCAAUCCUACACAUUCUGGAGCAGCCAUUUAUCAAUGGUGUAUCCCGCGUCUGCAAGCGCGUUCCUACUCUGUCGUCACCUUUGGUUGAUAAUAAUGGCCACAAAACUAACUCUAAUUCAAAAAAGAUACACGUUGACAUUGUCUGUACCGUCAAUGGAAGCCCGGUGUGGUUCCUCGUCUCUGCUAGAAACCCUAGGUUUGUUUCUUGGAAUAGCGGGUCUUCUUCCCCUGCAAAACACCAAAAGAGGAACUUAAGAACGCGGAUCCAACAACUUCUUGAUGCGGCCACCCACUGCUCCCCAUCCAUAAAGCCUUCUUCAAUUAUCCUCUAUUUCUCCAAUGGACUUGAAGACCAUAUUCACUGCAAGCUCAAGGAUGAAUUUGGAGCAUCUGAGUUCGGUAUGGAGUUCUCUGAUAUCUGUUUUGAUUCUUCUGUUGAGUUAGGGGGCGAUUGGGUAUAUUUACUUGGGCGAUUAUAUCAGACCGUGCGUGUCCUUGAGAUAAAGGUUGGCCAUUCAAGGAGUGGCAGUGGCAGUGGCAGUGCCAGUCCAGAAACAGAAUCCGUGGUCCAGGAUUCGCACCUAGGUUCUGUUAGCGCCAAUAAAGACUUUCCAGAUGAAUCCAUUGCUUUGGACUUGGGUGCUUCGUUUUGUCAUCUUAUUUCAAGAAUGAAUUUACACCCUUGGGAUGUAAAAGAUCCAGAGCUUGCUCAAAAAAGGGACUUCUGUGAAGCAAAUCUGAUAAAUUUUGAUACUACUGCUUUGAUUGCUCUUAUAUCGGGUAUCAGUAGCAGCGGUACAGACAAAAUUCUGGCUAAACCGGAGAGCGAAUUAAGACAGCGGUUUAAGGGAAACUAUGAGUUUGUGAUUGCCCAGGUGGUUUCUGAAAUUCAGAAUCCAAUACAUAUGGAAUUGGAUGGCAUAUUAUCUGGAAAGAGAGGCAUGAUCUGUAGAAGUGUUUAUUCAGAGUUUAAGGAAUUAGUGUCAAUGUGUGGGGGGCCAAAUGAGAAGUCAAGGGCCGAUCACUUGCUUAAUCACCUCAUGAAGUUUUGGCCUCUCUCUCUAGUAAAAAGAUUUCACCGAGCAAAAAUGAAAAAAAGAUUUCAGUUCCACCAAUGGAGAAAUACAAUAGAUCGUAUGCACCUUCUGGUUGUGCCCGACUGCCCAUCAGAACGCAUGAUGAGCCUCCCAACCACCAGAAAGCUGGCCUUGAAGAACAAGAUUGUCUUUGGCACAGGAGACUAUUGGCGAGCACCGACCUUAACUGCAAACAUGGGUUUCGUAAGGGCUGUUUCACAAACUGGAAUGUCUCUGUUCACGAUAGGGCAUAGGCCGCGUGCCUUAACUGGUGAUUAGUGCUUUAUGACACUGCAUGAACAUUCUGUUCUAGUUUUUUAUAAAGGCCCCGAUGUCAGGUUCUCUCUGUACGUUUAUCAGAUAAUGAACAAGACUCAGACUCUUAUCUAUAUCACAAUUGAACCGUCCUUGGCACUGUUGUGUUA